GUUGGUUCCCUCCAUAGAAGUGCUUCUUCCUACUACGUUCAUAGCAGGAGGUCCUUUUCUUACUGUUUGUAUUUGCACUUACGGAAGAGAAGGUUCCGGCAUAUUUGGUAUCGCUGUUUUUCUCCUGAAUUUGUCACCGUUGAUAGUGUUCCCGCAAAACCAUGGAUUGCAAGGUGUGCUACGGCAAUUUCGACGACAGGGACGCCUGUCCAAGGAACCUGGGGUGCGGCCACUCCUUCUGCACCAGCUGCCUCAAAGGCAUCCACUACGGGUCAACGCUGGAGUGCCCCGAGUGCCGCCACGAGCAGGAAGUCGAGGAGGUCGCCGCCCUGCCCGUCGGCUUCGGCGUCUUGAGGGCGGUGGAGGCGGCGCGCGGCGAGAUCUCGACCCACAAGGACGAGGAGCAGGACGAGUGGGAGGCGCCCUUGUUCAUCCUCCCGAGUCGUAAAGAGGACCUGCAGGAGGGCGGCAAGGUGAGCCUGGAGAACGAAGGGGCGGCCGAUCUGGAGGUCUUGAAGAAGUCUAAGAUCUACUUCUGCGCCGAGAAACUGGAGGAACUGAAGGACUACGAGCGUGUCCUCGGAGAAUUCUCGGCGAACGUCCGGCACCAAAUGCAUUGCCUGGAGAAGCUCCUGCAGAGUCGACAGUCCGUGAUCCAUGCCCUGCAGACGGAGACGGUGAGGUGCCAGAAGGAGCAGGUGCCUGUCGAGGAAAAGAAGAAGGAACUGUUUGUUCGCAAGGAGCAGCUCGACGGCGCUUCCGGUUUAGAGGACACGGAGGACUUCCGGCCAAAGGAAUAUGUCGACCGCCGACAUCGCCUCAAGAAGUUCCUCGAGAUAGACAAGGAGGCACUGGGUCACCUACGCUCCAUCGCCUCAUACAUCUGCCAAGACUAUAAGCACUUACUGAGGGAUAGUCAGCCAAUGUACGCGCCAGAAUCUGACCUCGUCCAUCUCUUUACCGAUAUGAGGAGAAUUUAAUAAACACUGGAAUGAUUAGCUCAACGGAGAAGUCUGUCUCAACUUAAAGCUUUUAAUGGAUGUUGCUGUUGUUGCCUGAAGUAUAGUGUGGAAGGAGGUAUGGCAUUUUUUCCCCAGUAGCGUAAACGAACAUACGUGAAGCGUUUAAACGGAGCACAUUUUAAUUGAUUGUAUUAUUCUACCGUGUGGACCGUAAGGCCAGGGAGGAGCUGUUAGGUUUAACAUGGUUUAACUGUGAUAGUCCUUAUUAACAUACAAGACGAUAUGCAUUCAUACAUACACAUAUACAUACAUGCAUUUGUAUGUACAAUACUUUAAAGGUUGAAUAAAUUUUGA